GCCAGCCGGAGAAGUCCUGUCCACAGCACCAAGGGCAUUGUUGCCUGCACCCAACCUCUGGCUGCCGCGGCGGGACAGAAAAUCCUCGCAGCGGGUGGAAAUGCCGCCGAUGCUGCAGUUGCUGUAGGUACGUUUUUACACCACAGCGCCUCGACUUUGGAUAACAGGCUCACUCGCAUCAUUCGAUGCUCGGGGUUGCAGCCGCUGCUUUGAACAUCACAGAACCGUCCUCCACGGGUAUUGGAGGUGACAUGUUUUGCCUCUUCUAUGAUGCGAAAACAAAGAAAAUCCAUGCUAUGAACGGUUCCGGACGCUACCCGGCGGAAGCAACCCUUGGUCAGAUCAGGAAAGACCUGAAUCUGAGCCCCGACAAAGCGGGGCGUAUUCCGAUGACCAGUGUUCUGGCGGUGUCAACCCCAGGCGCGGCCGCCGGAUGGGUCGACACGGUUGAGAAAUUCGGUAGUGGAAAGUUGACAAUGCAGCAGAUCUUGGCACCGGCCAUUGAAAUGGGAGAGGAGGGCUUUCCUGUCUCCGAGCUAGCAUCGUACUUUUGGCGUGAAAGCGAGCAAUUGAUUCGUGAUGCGUGUCCCAAUUUCCGAGAGAUGCUCAAGGUUGACCCCAAGGCCAAGGAUGGCGUGAGGAGUCCAUUGCCAGGCGAGAUCAUGAAGAAUCCUACGCUAGCUCAGACGUUUAGAACCCUGGCUGCGGAAGGCAAGAAAGGAUUCUACGAGGGCCGCGUUGCAGAAGAGCUUGUCAGAGUGGUCCGAGAUCUAGGAGGCUAUAUAACCCUAGACGAUUUGAAGCAUCAUGCACAAGCCGGCAGUCAAGAUGUUGACGCCAUUUCACUCAAGUUCACCGGCCAGAACGUCAUAGAAAACCAAACUCCUGGCACCGACGGUGAACUCAACCAGGGAGUCGAGAUUUGGGAGCACCCUCCGAACGGCCAGGGGAUUGUUGCUCUGAUGGCGCUGGGAAUUCUUGAGGAGCUGGAACGAACAGGCAAGAUACCUCGGUUUACUGAAGAGCAACAUAAUUCUACCGAGUAUCUCCACGCGGUCAUCGAGGCGCUUCGGAUUGCAUUCGCUGAUGCGUCCUGGUGGGUCACUGAUCCGGACGUGGAGAAUGUCCCGUCUCAAGACCUGAUCUCAAGGCCAUAUCUAGCCCAGCGAGCGCAGCUAUUUAGCCCAGACCGGGCUGCGGAUCUGCUGGACCACGGCAGCCCUGCACACAAUCACUGCGACACAGUGUACUUUGCGGUGACUGACCAAGACGGCAACGGUAUCUCCUUCAUCAAUAGCAACUAUGGUGGGUUCGGGACCGGCAUCAUCCCUCGAGGCUGCGGCUUCACUCUUCAAAACCGUGGCGCGAAUUUCUCGCUCCAGGCGGGCCAUCCGAAUGUCCUGGCUCCUCGGAAGCGGCCUUACCAUACCAUCAUCCCCGCCAUGAUCACCAACAUCGCCGAUGGCUCGCUUCACUCCGUGUACGGUGUCAUGGGGGGGUUCAUGCAGCCCCAGGGUCAUGUCCAGGUGUUGCUCAACAUGUUGACCUUCAACCAACACCCGCAGGCGGCGCUGGAUGCCCCGCGGAUCUGCAUCGCCGCCGACUCCCAGGACAAGCGCAAGCCGGUGGUCUAUGUGGAGGAAGGCGUCAAGGAUGAAACCAUUCAAGGGCUCAAGCGGUUAGGCCACCACGUAAAACUCCUCACGGGCUGGGAGAGGGGCAUGUUCGGGCGAGGCCAGAUCAUCCGCUGUCAUUACGAUGAUGGCAAACUUGUCUAUAGUGCGGGAAGUGACCCGCGUGGUGAUGGAAUGGCCAUACCUCUUCUUUAAGCUUGACACAGAAUAGAGAGAUACAUAUAUAUUUAUAUAUGUCAUAAGAAGAAUUUGAUUCUCUUGAGAAAAAUACAAUAAUGGCUAACCAUGUCCAAAAAUGAAGCCCUAUAACAAUACAUUAAGACUCCUUCAAUGCAGUGCAGUAUGUGUGGUACGCUAGAACACAAAUUGAUAAUGACAAGGUUGAAGAGACAAAAAGUAAAGGGAUGUUGAAGAAAAUUUCCAAAGUAAAGGACAAGGUGAGAAUGGAAAAAGGAAAAAAAAGAAAAAAAAAUAGGAUAUUAAACCGUUGAUACCAAGCCUUUCUCCCUCAAUGGGCUGCAAUUGUGGACUUGAAAAAGCUCUUCAGCCUCGACUCUCGCGGAGGCGACUCUUCGCGUUUCCGCCGGUGACGACGAUGGCUCUCUCCGACAUGGCGGCUGGAUGAUGGCUGGUCUUCUUCCCUUGACCCAUGCUCCUCCCUUGACUUACGCUCCUCCCUUGAUC